AUGUUCUCACAGAAGGUUGCUCAGCAGUCGCUGCGACGGCUUGCCGUCCAGCAGCCGGCCGCCAUGCGCUGGUCGAUGAUGCGCGCCUCUCCUGUCGCCGUCGCCCUGGGAAAGAAUGUCCAGACGAGACCCGUCACCUCGUCCCCUAACACUGAGGACCCGACCCAGAUCCUGGCCAAGCAGCGCCUCAACCGCCCCGUCGCCCCUCACCUGGCCAUCUACAAGCCUCAGAUCGGGUGGGUCGCCAGUUCCCUGCACCGGAUCACGGGCGUUGCCCUCUCGGGUAGUUUGUACCUGUGGGCCACGGCCUACCUCGUCUCGCCCGCGCUCGGCUGGCACCUGGAGUCGGCCUCGAUGGUCGCCGCUUUCGGUGCCCUUCCUCUCGUGGCCAAGGUUCUGCUCAAGGCUACCAUGGCCCUGCCCUUCACCUUCCACUGCAUGAACGGGGUGCGCCACCUGAUGUGGGAUCUCGGCCGAGGCCUCACCAACCCCACCAUUAUCAAGAGCGGCUGGACUGUGGUGGGCCUGAGCGUUGCCAGUGCGCUCACUCUUGCUUUCAUUUGA